CGGCUCCAUCCCCGGCCCGGCAGCCGGGGGAGCCGGGUCAGCGGGGGCUGCCGGGACCAGUGCGCCCGUCUGUUCGCGAGGGGACCCGCCCGGCCUCGCAGGAUGUCCCAGCCGCCCUCCAUCACCCUCCACGUCCCCGAGGGCACCGAGGGUGAUGGCCAGGAGCCCAGUCCGGACAACGAGAGAGCCCUGCACACCUCAUUCCACCAGCUCAUCCUGGAGCAGAGCAGCUUGAUCGAGGCAGGGCUGGAGCUGGAGUUGCAGGAGAGGGGCAGAGAGUCCCCAGCCUACUUGGCUAUUCCAGAUGCCUCUGCUGUGACCUGGCCAGAGCCCGGGCAAGGUGAGGAGCACCCCAGCUACUCCUCUGCCUCCCUGCAGAUUUUGGCCAGCAUGCCCAGCCGCACCAUCGGCCGCAACCUUGGGGCCAUCAUCUCCCAGUACUGCAACCGCACGGCCCGGCUGCGGCGCCGGAGCAGCCGCCCACCCCUGCAGCAGCUCUGCCGUGCAGCACGGCCCAGCCUGCGCCAGUACGAUCUGGAGACAGACCCCACCAGGGCCACGCUGGAAGAGAAGCGGCGCCUGCUGGUGAAGGAGCUGCUGAGCCUCUCACCCAGCCAGUGCAGCCACAUGCUGCUCACCAUGCCCCUCAGCCUGGCGGAGAAACGCAUCCUCCGGCGGCAGCUGAGCGGGCAGAGGGGCCCCCUGAGGCAGCGCACCCAUCACUGGGCCCCCUCCUCACCCUGUGGUUGGUCCAAGGUCUGCGUCGUCCUCGGCUGCCGAGGUCUCUGGUACCGGCUCCUCUCCCUGCUCCGCACUGCGCAGCCCUGGCACUAUGCCCUGAAGCAGAUUGGUGGCCGCUUUGGCUCCAGUGUCCUCUGCUACUUCCUCUUCCUCAAGACCCUCCUUAUGUUGAACUUCUUUUCAUUCUUCAUCCUCCUGGCCUUUGUGGUGGUCAUGCAGGCUGUGUACCCCCCUGCAUCGGUCAGCCCCCAGCCCUUCACUGGCCUCGAGCUCCUCACAGGAGCGGGCUACUUCACACACUCACUGCUCUACUACGGCUACUACAGCAACGUCACCCUGAAUGACCCCUGCACCUCCAGUCCCAAGGGCAGCGUCUGCCCCCUCGCAGUCCCCCUGCUCCCGUACAACUUGCCACUGGCCUACCUGUUCAGUAUUGGGGUCUCCUUCCUUGUCACCUGCAUCCUGCUGGUGUACAGUGUGUCCCGCUCUUUUCGGGAGAGCGUGGGAAGCUCCACAGGGGACUUGGCCAUCAAAGUCUUCUGUGCCUGGGACUUCAAGGUGAUCCAGAGGCGCUCGGUGAAGCUGCAGUGUGAGAACAUCUGCACCCAGUUGAAGGAGCUGCUGGUGGAGCAGCGCUCCCGUUCCCACACGCAGAGCCGCUGCCAGUGCCUGGGCCACUGCAUUGUAGUGCUGCUGGCCUGGGUCCUGGCCCUGGCCUCGGUGUCCGGCUGCGUGCUGGCCGUGCACUACUUCUCAGAACACAUGCACAUGGUUCAGCAGGAGCAACAAGCACAGGGCAGUGACAGAUGGCAGCAAGAAGCCAUUCUGCUGGUCCUGCCCCUUGUGGUGUCCCUCCUCAAUGCCUUGAUGCCCCACCUGUACAACUUGCUGGCCAUGUGGGAGAAGCAGGACUCCCCGGUGACACAGGUCUACGUGGCAAUCAUCAGGAACCUCACUCUGAAGACAAUGGUUCUCAUCCUGCUGUGCUACCAGUGGCUCAGCCGCAGCGUUACCUGCUCGACAGAGGAGUGCUGGGAGACCUGUGUGGGGCAGGACCUGUAUCGCUUUGUGGUGAUGGAUUUCAUAUUCACCUUGCUGGACACACUCUUUGGGGAGCUGAUCUGGCGGCUAAUCUUGGAGAAGAGGCUGAAGACAAAGCAGAGGCCAGAGUUUGAUAUCGCCCGAAAUGUGCUGGAGCUGAUCUAUGGGCAGACUCUGACCUGGCUGGGCAUUCUCUUCGCUCCGCUCCUGCCAGCUGUGCAGAUGCUGAAGCUGCUGCUGUUGUUCUAUAUCAAAAAGACCAGCCUGAUGCGGAACUGCCAGUCCCCCAGCAAGCCCUGGCAAGCAUCGCGCAUGAGCACCAUGUUCAUCACUCUGCUGUGCUUCCCCUCCUUCCUGGGUGCAGCUGCCUUCCUCUCCUACACCAUCUGGUCGGUGCAGCCAUCAGAAACCUGCGGUCCCUUCCGGGGGCUGGAAACCAUCUACAAGUCAGGGAAGAACUGGGUGCUAGUGCUGGAGAAGUCCAACCCCAAUAUCACCUGGUUUACCUGGUUCUACCAGCAUCUGUUGGAGAACACCAGCCUCCUGUUCUUCAUGUCUGUGGCCCUGAUAGCUGUGAUCUACUUCAACAUCCAGGUGGUAAGAGGCCGCCAGAGGGUCAUCUGCCUGCUCCAGGAGCAGAUUGCCAACGAAGGGGAAGAUAAGGUAUUUCUCAUUCAGAAGCUCCACUCCGUUUACAAACAGAGACAGAUGUUUCUGAGUCCCAGGGAUGCACGAUCCUCAGUGUUACUGAGGCCCAGGGACAAGGAGGAGGAUGGAGGCAAGUGUGGAACAAGGGCCCAGAGAGAGAUGACACCUAGGAGUCCCCUCUGCCAUUUGGGAUCUUAGGGACUCUGUCCUCCUAGUGUGAAGCUCCGCAGGAAAGAAUGGGAUGGAACCAACUCUGCUUGCAGCUGGGACUGAAUCUGUCAGCCCUGGAAGCUGGGGGACCAUGGAGUGCUGGGGAAGAUACUCCCCUCCUGCCAUUGCCAAGGACCCAUUGGGCCAUGUCACUGGGAAUGCUGCAUCACAGGGGUGCAGUUGCUUCUGCUGCCUGGAGCUGCUGGGAUGCAGUAGGCACGGAAGCAGGACUGCUGUCACACCCCAGGGCACAGCUCCAUGCAGGACUGCCUGUCCAGCACACCCCUGCUCCGUGGGGGCUCACUACUUCAGCUCUUCCUCUUGCCCAUGUGCCUGGGCUAUUUUCUGAAUCCUUUGUGGACCAUGGAGCUUUCUCCACAACCACCUUCACACUGCCUAGGGACAGCAAGCAUGGAGCCAGGAGCUGCCAGGCAUGGACCCAGCUCCAGCCCAGUGCCUGGCUCAGCAGGAGAGCAGCUGGCUGAUUCCAGUCCCACAAACAAGGUCACCCCAGCAGCCCUGCACCCACUGCACCGGAUGGUCGGACGGACUUGGAAGAAUCACCACGAUGCCUAAUGCUGGGCUGGGCAGGGACCCUGUGGGCUCAAGCUGACCUGGCCCAUUAAAGUGCUGCUGUGCAGGAGUGCUCUGGCUGGUGUCAGGACCUGUUGGGCUGGAAGCAGGCAGGUAGGGUUGGUUUGUCAGUGCUAUUGAUGGUGGUGACUCAGCAGCGGUGUCAGGGUGUGCUCAGGCUCCUUUGCACCAGCUGCUUUCCCAUGGGGCUGCCUGGGGCAGAGCCCAGUUCUCCCCUGCUGGAGCAAAGGCCACUGUCACCACACUGGCACUCACCAUCACGGUGUAAAGGCUGCAGCCCCCAGCACCAAGAACCACUCCCCUCCAUGUCAUGCUGUUGGCAGCUCCAGGCCCUGGGAUGGCAGCUGCCACAGCACUGACAGGGCAGGGUGUGCUGUGGCAUGUGCCAGGCACGGGCAGCCACCAGUGCCCUGUGACUUGGCACCAGGGCUGCCGGCUGCAGCAGCUGCCUGCCCAGCUGGGCUGGGCCAUCAGCGUGAGCACAGGCCCAGCAUGGACAGACACUGCUCAGUGGUGUGGGCACAGGGCAGGUUCUCUCUGCAGCCCCACCUCUUCCUGCAGUGUAUUAGCAAGAGCAUCACUAGCAGGUCAAGGGAGGUGGUCCUGCCCCUCCACUCAGCCCUCAUGAGGCUACAGCUGGAGUGCUGCGUCCAGUUCUGGGCUCCUCAGGACAAGAGGGACAUGGUACUCCUGGAGCAGGUCCAGCAGAGGCUACAGUGACGGUGACACGACUGAAGCAUCUCUCUAAUGAGAACAGGCUCCAGGAGCUGGGCCUGUUCAGCCUUGAGGAGAAACAACUGACAGGGGACCUCACCAUCUGUCAGCAGGGAGGUGUCAGUGGAUGGACCAGGCUCUACUCCAUGGUGCCCAGCAAAGGGACAAGAAGCAACAGGCAGAAAUGAUGUAGAGGACAUUCCACCUGAAUAUAAUUUUGAUGGGUCCCCUCCAAUAUUCUAUGAUAUUCUACUAAAAAGAACUUCCCUGUGCCAAUGGCGGCACACUGGAACA